UUCAUCUCAGGCAAAAUUUGGUUUCUUUUGGGGGUUAAGAUGAUAUUUACUUAAGAACAUGUUCAUUUCUUGUAAUUUAUCUUCCUAAGGUUUUAAUUUUAUUGUUUUUCAGUGAAUUUCCUUAAACAGUGUUUUUUUGUGUCUGGCUUCAUUUUAUUUUUUUCAACAACCCCACUUUUAAUAUUGAUUUCCAAAACACUACUAAAAAAAAUAGGAAUUAGCGACGGAAAUAUUCUGUAGCUAAAUAGAAAAAUCUAUGCUAAUCCUAUUUGGCGACGAAUUAGCGCAGAGAAAUUCUAUAGCUAAAUUGAAAAAUAUGUCGCUAAUCUUAUGAGACGAAUUAGCGAUGGAUUUAAAAAAAAAAAAUAUGUUAGCUACGAGCAAUUUAGCGACGAAGUUCGUAGCUAAUUUCAAUUUUUUUUAGUGAAAACUAGGGAAGUGGCUUCUGUUUUUCCGUUGUUGUAUAUAUGGUUUGAACAUGGUUUUCCUUUUGUUUCAUCUGUUAUUAAUUUGUGAAUGGCACAUUGUUUCUCCAUAUCAGUGCAUAUUUCUGAAAUUCUGUUUUCCUGUGGAAUUUGCAUGGUAGUAAUUGUUAUGCGAACUGAUUUAUACGCGUAGUGGCUUCUUGUUGCUGCUCAUUCUGCUUUGUUAAGCAGUGGAUUAUGCAAAAUGUACAAUCUGAUCUAACUAAAAUUUUGCAUCUCUUUGUCUCAUGUGUUACACUUCUUCAUUAGCUAAGAAAAGGUUGAUUCAUAAGUACCAGUAGUUGAAAUCCAUGUUUACAUUAGUUGCAUCAGGGAUGACAGUUGUCCAAGGACCUGCCAGACCGCUGAUCUCACUUAAGCACUCGAUGUCACAACCUUAAGGGGUCGUGAGCGAGAAAUGAAUCAGGCAUCGGUCGUUCUAGCGGUUCUUGUCACUUUUAAUCAUCAUGAAAGGGGAGACAUCAUGGAUAAGUCAUUGCCAUAAUUAUGCUGCAAUUAACACAGUUGAGUCUAAUUCUUUGUCCGAGCUUAAAGAUGAAGACAAAAAAGAAGUUUCCUCAGUUCUUGUGGAUUUCAUAUUGCCUGAUGAUAUACUUGAAAGGAUCUUAGCAUGUCUUCCUGUUGCUAGCCUCUUUAGGGCAAGUUGUGUGUGUAAAAGAUGGCACGAGAUAGUGAAGUCCGGAAAGUUCUUGGGGAACUCCUCUAAGUCUCUGUCUCAUAAACCAUGGUACUUUAUGUUCACAAGUUUGAAGGAACCAGUAGGUUAUGCCUAUGAUCUGACCUUUCGGAAAUGGUACGGUAUAGAACUCCCCUGCAUUUGGACAUCGAGUUGCUUGAUUUCUUCAUCUUGUGGAUUAUUUUGCUUGAUGGACAAUGAUAGUAGAACUGAGCUAUAUGUAUGUAAUCCGAUAACCAAAUGUUGCAAGAGCCUCGAGGAGCCACCUGGCUUCAAGUUUUCCGAUUACAAUGCAUUGGCAAUGUCCGCAAAUAGGAAAACCCGUCGCUAUAGUGUCAGCAUUGUUAAAUCGAAGCACAUCCCCGGAAACCUCUUUCAGUGGGAUAUUUCCAUUCACAUAUACAAUUCUGGAACGAUGAUGUGGACGACCCGUUUGACCGAUGUUUUGGCGGGAUGGAGAGGUGGGGACGAAAGCGUAAUAUGUGAUGGUAUUUUGUAUUUCAUGAUCUACUCGACUGGCAUUGGUGGUUUGGAAAAUCGUCAUGGUUUAAUCACUUACGAUCUCUCAAGCAUAUCAUCAUCGCCCGGUUUGUUGAUGAGGAGUUUUAUUUCAGUGCCAUGUUCUCUUACAUGUGGCCGCUUAAUAAACCUGAAGGAAAAGUUAAUAAUGGUAGGAGGUAUAGGGAGGCGAGAUCGGGCUGACAUAAUUAAGGGGGUCGGCAUAUGGAGACUUAAUGGGACGGAAUGGCAACAAAUUACCCGAAUGCCACAUAAGUAUUUCCAAGGUUUUGGGGAAUUUGAUGAAGUUUUUGCUAGUAGCGGUACAGAUGACUUCAUAUACAUUCAGAGUUAUGGAGCACCUGCUCUUCUUAUUUUCGAUGUGGAGCAGAUAAAGUGGAGGUGGAGCCCGAAAUGUCCCGUGACAAAGAGGUUUCCCCUUCAGCUUUUUACUGGUUUUUGCUUCGAGCCAAGGCUUGAAAUCGCUCCAUAAUUCUUCUUUAGAAAUAAAAAUAUACUUUCUUCCCAUAUAUUUUCAAUUUUUGUUCCUUUUCUCUUGGUACAAAGAUUUAUGAAAACUUUUAUACAUGUACAGUUUGGUGAGGCUUCUAAAAUUAUCGGAUGAGAAUAUUUUAGACAUUUUCUUUUUCCAUUCUGAAAUGUGAGUAUUUCAGCUCGAAAUUAUUAAUCGAUACGUUUCUUGA